UUUGGACCAAGGACUGGCUGCUAGCUCUUUCCUUUGAACCAAGCUGUGACGGUUGUUAGGUCCAUCCCGUCGUUUUUAGUGUGCCAUUUUGUGCCAUUUGUUCCGUUGAAGCACUUGUGACCAUACUCUCCGUCAUUAUAAGGAACACACAGUGAAGGAAACGUUGUUUGUUUGUUGAUCACUGAAGACCUUACAUGUGCAAUCAGGAACAGAAUCAACAGAAUGUUCCCCUCGUAAACGGGGGGACCCCCCAACUCCCACAAGGAUAUAAAUUUGGUGAUGUUGGAGCUGUACCCACGCAGCCAAUGUUUGUUCAGCCAGCAGCUCAGCAGCAGCAGCAGCAGCCACAAGGUUACAUGCUCGGGUACCCAUCUCCACAAGGAGCGUCGAUGAACCCUGCUGCACAUCUUCAUCAACAGCCAGUUCCAUGGCAAGCUCCGUAUUCAGCCAAAGGUGUGCCAGUAGCUUUAGCGUAUAAUCAAGAACACUACCCAUAUUUGCAACAUCAUCAACAACAACAUCAGCAGCAACAGGCUUUACACCAGGAUGGCCUCAUAGUACCAUCGGCAAAUCCAUACAACCACGUUUAUACGCAUGAUGUCGUACCCAGUGCUCAAAUGACACCAUCAGCAAUACCGCAAUUUGGACAACAUGGCGUCCAGAAUCAGCAGGACAAUCUUCUUCGUGCGUAUCCAGCACAACAUACACCAUACCAUAACUACCCUGAGGGCGUGAAAUUUGAGCCAAACGAACAAACGACUGAGUUUGAGAAACAUUCUACUCCGUUGUAUGCCAUUGCAACGUCCAAUAACCCCUCUACAGCAGCAAAGAGACAGAAGAUAAUGAAACAUGAUGGCAUGAGUCCAAUGGGACAGGCUCAAGAGAUGGUCAAAGUCGAAGGACAACUCCCAGUACAGGACGAGCAAACAAAUCCUAAGAAAGCAGUGAGAAACUCUAGACGUCGUCAUAGAAAUUCCCACCUGGGAUGUGCAACUUGUAAGUCACGUCGUAUCAAGUGUGAUGAACAACUUCCAGAAUGUCGUAACUGUGUAAGGGCUCGUCAAACAUGUGCCUAUUUAGCACUUGAUGAUGCCGCAAGAGAGGCUCUAAAGAACGCUCAACAGGCACAGGCUGCCCGUAUACAAUCUCUUAACAUACAAGCAUCACAGAGAGAAGCACGGAAGAACCCACACUUAUACUACCCAUACCAGCAUCCUGGUCUACCUUCAAGAAUUUUGAUGUCGUCGCUUCCAAGUACGGACAACGUGUUCCAGUUGCAGGUUAACCUUCAACAAGCUGUCUUCCCUGUUUAUCAACCACAGGUUCAACAACUACAACAGGCACAAUUUCAACAUCCACAGCAGCAGCAACCCCCACCGUCUCUUCCACCACCACUGCAAACUCAACAGCAGGCUUCACAACAGCAGAUUUUGCAAGAGCCUUCGAACUAUUCUGUGGGACCGGAAGCUCUUCAAGACACACAACCAAAGUAUGAAGAACCUGAUCAGCCAAGGAAGUCAAGAGCUAGUUCUGUUGCGAAAAACAGAACGAUUGUUGCGAGAAGCCCAUUUGUGAGUGAUAAUGGAAGUGCUACCUCUGCCUCUCCGAUGCCUUCAGGCAGCGAUAGAUCUAAGGAGAGCAGUUUAUCAGAUGCCUCGGGGUCUUCUCGUGAACCACAGUUUGCAAUCAGAUCCGAUGCUUAUAAAUCCCUCGUGGCGUUGCUGAAGGAACACAAGGAUUCAGAGUCAUCUCCUGACUUGGACUAUCUUUCACGUUUUGACAAUGACUUUAUGGAAAUCGUGCUCGAUCAAAGAUGCCUGUCAGGGCUUAAUACUCUCUGGACUGAUAACGUUGGUGAGCUCACCAAGCAAGAACUCAAGUUUAGCACAGAUGCCCUUUACAAGGUGUUUGACAUGUUCCAAAUGCAGUUCAUCAAGGAGGCAUGCAACAACAUUGUUCUUUUCAAAGCGUUGAUUGCUCAAGGAUCUGCUCAUAUUGCAGACAAGACGCAAAAUGAGGAUGUCAGAAAGGCUGUGCAACGCGUGCUGGAGAAAGACUUUGAGAUCACGUUGAGAUUUCUGAACAGGUUUAGGGUUCAUUUCACCAUGGACUACUCUGACGUGGAUGCAUUCUAUAACAAUAUCUCGGUGUGUUUCUCCAAAUUCCAGAUAUUCCAAAUGGCAUUGCCUACCAUAUUCCAUGGGAAUCACAGCUUGAACGAUGUGUAUCAGUUCAUCAGCAGCUUCUUUCAGUUCUCAUCUGGCUAUCUAAGCCAUCAGUUUCAGGUGUUCUUAUCUAGCAGCGUUCCAAUCAACAUUCAAAACGAUCCCGUGUUCAAGCGUGCGAGCGUCUUGAAUGACCAUUUGCAUCUGUUCAUCAUCUACUAUGUCCAGUCAAUCAGGGCUUACCAUACAAGGGCAUAUAGCACAGAGUUCAUGAAUGAGUUUUUAACAAAGCUGAACGUUGCGAGAGAUGAUGUGUACGAGCUGUUGAACGACAAAUACAAAACACAUAUAGAUGACCUCGUCACCUUCACUGAAACGUGUGUCAAAUAUUGGAACGCCAUUAAGGAUGGUGCUGAGACAAACCGUAUCCAGGUUAUGUUCUAUACAUUAAAGAGGUUUCUGAACAUUGUCCCAGAUGAGGCGUUUAUAUCUCAUGUUCCUGUAUUUGAGGAGCAUUUGGUACAUUUGUACUACCAAGCUGCCAUGUACGCAUUGAAAGCGAUCUACGCGGAUUGUACAUUCUUGUUCUUAUAUUCCUUCAAUGCCAGGGAUGGUUGUUCCAAUACAGAUAUGCUGGUGGAGGCGUCCAAAUCCGAUCUAUUCACCGAAGAGCAAAGGGAGAAGAUGAACUAUCCAACUAAGCUGAUGUCAUUUUUCAAAGAACGUGGUAUUUUGAUCUCAGGAUACCUGAAAUCUGUUGCCAGGUUCCCAGCUAAAAUUAUCCUGGAUGACACCAACAAGAGCAUCAUGAUGCAGUUGGUUAAGGAAGAUCAAGUGAGCUCUUUUGAACAGGAAUUGGAUGAUGAAAGCUAUCCUCAUAUCGAUGAAACAUCCACAUUUUUCCACAAAGAGACGAACUCAAUUGUCAUCCCAUCUGUGAACAGCACCGACUCUUUCAGUAACUUUGAGGCUGCUCAAAUUAAACGUGAUGAAUUAAUGAAACGGUCCAUCGAGACAGAGUUGACUGACAUUGAUAAAUCUGUGGUGGAUACCUUCUGCAAUGUAUAAGAGGGACUU